ACCUUCCUUGUUACCCCUAGCCGACAUAUACUCACACUCAGACACUUUACACACAGCGCUUCUACCAACUGCACCGAGACAGUCCUGUACCAGCACUCAGCCUCUGUGGUGUCCGACAACGAUUUACGUCGCCUGAACAUCACGACUCGCAGCGAUAGAUAUCCGCACGCAACAACAACCCGCACGGAUCCGAAGACGUGGCUGCAAGACGAUGCGCACUGCUCUUAUUCCACUUGGUGUUGCGCUCUUUGCGACCGUAGCCAUGGGGCUUGCGCCGCAGCGGAGUGUCAUCAUCAGUUGGCCAAACGACACGCCGGAUGAGAUUGUGGAGCAGAGCAAGGAGGCUAUUCGAAAGGCAAAGGGUGAGAUUACAUAUGAGUACAACAUCAUCAAGGGAUUCGCGGCCACGGCCCCUGCAUCUGCACUGGAGCUGGUGUCUACACUGAGCAAUGUGUACAAGUGCGAGAUUGAGGAGGACGGUGUCGUUACAACGCAGCACAACAAGGAGUAGUUGGGCAGUGGGCAGUGGGCGGAAGAAUGGCAGACUGUACGAGGGACAAGUUAUGGGCUUUGGGUUUGAAUAUUGGGCGUUUUUGGGCUGGCGUUGGGCAAAGGUGGUGAUGGUGGUGGACGGCAGUACGAAGGUCAUGUAGGUAGUUGGCCAUGGUAUUGCUGCAUGUAAAAGCAAAUAGUAGUCACUGCAUGUAGACGUGCAUACAGUAUACACACAUGCCCCCGUGCAUACUUGGCUUGACAUA